GUUCACACACACUCUCUACCUCCCACCCAUCCGCCGGCACCGUCGCCGGCAAAGUCGCCACUCAACCACCGCCGGCCGCCGUCGCUCCUCCUGCUGUCAACAAGCUCUGCGCGUGCGUUCACACAGACACCCAUCAUCAUUGCAUGUCUAUCCCACUAGCCUACAAUUAUAUUCUCUGUCCAACCAAGAAAAAGCUGGGGGAGACGAAAGAAAGAGUAUAAAGCACAAAGAAACAAACAGAAGAGGACGAAAACCCAAAACCCCAUUCUUCUUAUACUCCAAUAAUUUCCCCCCUUCCUCUGGAUUCGUAGCGCCGGGGAUGGCGGACGAGAGGCCGGAGACGGAGCUGAUCUCGAUUCCGGCGACGCCGCGCGCGUCGACGCCGGAAAUACUGACGCCGUCGGGGCAGAGGUCGCCGAGGGGUGCCGGGAACAAGUCGUGGACGCCGACGUCGUUCAUAUCCCCCCGAUUCUUGAGCCCAAUCGGGACGCCGAUGAAGAGGGUUCUGGUAAACAUGAAAGGGUACCUGGAAGAGAUGGGUCACCUCACAAAACUCAACCCGCAAGACGCCUGGCUCCCAAUCACAGAGUCCCGCAACGGCAAUGCCCACUACGCCGCUUUCCAUAACCUCAAUGCUUCCGUCGGCUUCCAGGCUCUUCUCCUUCCCGUUGCUUUCUCAUUUCUUGGAUGGACAUGGGGAAUAAUUUCCUUAACCAUUGCCUAUGUAUGGCAACUCUACACUCUAUGGAUUCUAGUUCAGCUUCACGAAGCCGUUCCGGGGAAAAGAUAUAACAGAUAUGUGGAACUUGCAGAAGCCGCAUUCGGAGAAAGAUUGGGUGUUUGGCUAGCUCUAUUUCCUACGGUGUACCUAUCGGCUGGAACGGGGACAGCAUUGAUUCUCAUAGGAGGGGAAACCAUGAAACUCUUCUUUCAAACCGUGUGUGGCCCACUCUGUUCGUCCAACCCUUUGACCACGGUCGAAUGGUAUCUGGUCUUCACCUCCCUCUGCAUUGUGUUGUCGCAACUCCCAAAUCUCAACUCCAUCGCGGGGCUGUCACUCGUCGGAGCAGUCACUGCCAUCAUCUACUCUACGAUGACGUGGGUUCUCUCGGUCAGCCAACCUAGGCCACCCUCAAUCUCUUAUGACCCUAUUUCGUUGCCCUCCCCUACAUCCUAUGCCUUUUCAAUCCUCAAUGCACUUGGUAUUGUGGCUUUUGCUUUUAGAGGACACAAUUUGGUCUUGGAAAUUCAGGCAACAAUGCCAUCAACCUUCAAACACCCGGCACACGUUCCAAUGUGGAAGGGAGCAAAGGUCGCCUUUUUCUUUGUUGCAUUGUGCCUCUUCCCUAUUGCCAUUGGAGGUUUUUGGGCUUAUGGAAACCUUAUGCCUUCGGGCGGGAUGUUGAGCGCGCUCUUUACGUUUCACACGCACGACAUUCCGAGAGGCCUGCUCGCGAUGACGUUUCUUUUAGUCGUGUUCAGUUGCCUGAGCAGUUUCCAGAUAUACUCAAUGCCGGCUUUCGACAGCUUCGAGGCGGGGUACGUGAGCCGAACGAACCGGCCGUGCCCGGUCUGGGUCCGGUCCGGUUUCCGGGUUUUCUACGGAUUCUUUUCCCUGUUCGUGGGAGUCGCGCUCCCUUUCCUGGCGAGCUUUGCGGGGCUAUUGGGCGGGAUCACGCUCCCCGUGACGUUCGCCUACCCGUGCUUCAUGUGGGUGCUCAUAAAGAAGCCAAAGAAGGGUAGCUUCAGCUGGUACUUCAACUGGACAUUGGGUUGGUUGGGUGUGGCUUUUAGCUUAGCCCUUUCCAUUGGUGGUGUUUGGAGCUUGGUCUACAAUGGCCUCAAGCUCAAGUUCUUUAAGCCUAACUAGGCUCUCUAUAAUUAGCAUAGCAUUUAUAAUGGGAUUUUUAUUAUUAAUGCUGAAAUUAUAUGUUACCUUUUUCACCUGUAAUUGUAUUAGUUUGUUUUAAUAAAAUAAAGCUAGGUAAAGGCUUUGUUUGGUAACAGCGUUUUCGAUUAGCGUUAGCGUUUUGGAUAAAAUUUUAACGGUGCAGAUUAAUUCUGAAAACGCUAACGCUAAAGGCUACCGUCAGAUACCUUUUUCAAAACUCUAACACUAAUCUUUGACGCUAAUGCCAAGCAGGGCCAAAGUUUGGAGUGCGGUAAGAAGGGUAGUAGGU